GCUUGUCGUGAAAACACAGCCCAGUUGUUGCUCAGGAAGCUCUACGUGAGGCUGUUGCUAUUGAUGUCAAAGUCUAAAAGUGAACCGGUAUACUUUUGUUUACAAAUAUAAUUAUUGUCUUAACAACAAUCAAUAUUUUAUAUACUAGUGAUUCUUGCAUACAUUUGCAUGAACAUUGCCAUCAUUAUUCAUCAUAAAUCUUUUCGAUUAAUUUGUGUAAUAAAUCCAUUAAUCAACAGUAUCGUUUAAACAAACUGAAACGGGUUCAAGGACUACACUGCUGAUGAUUAAACAUCACAAUUUGAUUGGAGACAUAUAGAAUAGGCGAAGUCAUUUUAAUUAUCCAGUGAAAUUCAAUAAAAAACUUGAAGUAAUUUAAUAAAUUCUAAUAAAAGAAAUGGCUAAUUUAAAAUCAGUUCUUGGAGCACAUGAACUCACUGAUAAGAAGGCAGGAUUAUGGAGAGCAUUAAUAGCAGAAUUUUUUGGAACAAUGUUGUUAAAUUUCUUUGGAUGUGGAGCUGUUAUUACACAAAAUGUAGUGGCCAUUGCGUUAGCAUUUGGUUUAGCAGUUACUGGAGCUGUGCAAGGAAUUGGACAUGUAUCUGGAGGACAUAUAAAUCCAGCAGUUACUUUUGGUCUGGCUGCAAUUGGAAAAGUAUCAAUCUUGCGAGCUGUUUUAUAUGUACUAGCUCAAAGUGCUGGAGCAAUAGCUGGCUCCGCAAUGAUUCGUGCAUUAUCGCCAGAAGAAAUGGAAGGUUUUAUUGGAGUAGUAUCACUAGCACCUCAUGUUUCACCAGUUCAAGGUCUAGGAGUUGAAUUUUUUUUAGCUCUUAUUUUAGUUCUUGUCGUUUGUGGAGCCUGUGAUGAUGCUAAAAUUGAAAGCAAGGGUAUUGCUCCAUUAAUUAUUGGUCUUACUGUUACUCUCAGCCAUUUAGUUGGAGUACCAAGAACCGGUGCUGGAAUGAAUCCAGCUCGCUCUCUGGGAAGUUCUGUAGUCAUGGGAAACUUUGAAAAUCAUUGGCUCUACUGGGUUGGUCCAAUUCUCGGUGGAAUGGCUGGAGGACUAAUUUAUAUACAUGCUCUAGGACCAGCAAAGGUCCCAGAGCAAAAAACUUAUUCAUCAGUUGCUACAGAAGAAAAGGAGCUUCACAGACUUACCACUACUAGAAAGGAAGCACAUCCUGUUUAAUCUCAUCAGUUAAUACUCAUGGUGAAUCAUUUAUUCAUUACAUUAAAACUUAUUAUGUUCACUAUUUACAACAUUAUAUGUAACCAUUAUUUUAUCUGAUUCAUUGUUAUUGGGUUGAUUUUUAAAUACCUAUUGUAUUUUCUUUAAUUAAUUGACAUUA